GUGUUUUGGUGGGAAAUGUGUCCAAAAAUAUGUAAGAUUUGAGAUUGACAGUUGCACUUGCUAGGAGUGUAUCCAGUGAUAAAGGACACAUCAUACAAACUUUACUAUCAUUGCAAUUUUCACAAGUGGGAGUCUGAACAUUGGACUUUAACUUCAACGUCAGUUAUCAAGUGGUUAACAGUGUGGAUUGUGUUUUUACCAACACACUCGCACCAUAGUGGACUAUUGUGAAUCAUGGCAGCAGAAUAUAACUAUAUUAUUUACAUCUACUUUUUGGUUGCUAUUUUAGCAAUCCAAGGAGAAUCAGUACAUUAUGAGUUUGGCAAGACUUACAAGUACACAUACGAUACAAAAAUCCUUUUUAAUGAGGAAUCUGGGCAGAAGGAGUCCCGGGCCCAGCAGGAUGUGGGGCUGCGGAUCAGACUGGAGUUUGACUUCACCCCACUUUUUGAAGGAGAUGGUUCCCAGCUUGUUAGACUUCAGGUGUCUCAGGCUACCUUGACAAGUAUGCACCGUGGUGGUAUGGAGGGUCAGCUGCUGGACAUGGUGAAACUACCUCUCUACUUUGAAUACCAGGACGGGGAGGUCGGGCGCGUCUGGGCCAUCGAGGGUGACUCUGUUUUCUGUACCAACAUCAAGAAGGGGAUUGUCUCCCUUUUCCAGCUACAGGCAACUGCAGGGGAGAGGACUGAGUUGGAUAUAUCAGGAGAGUGCAAGAGCAUGUACAAAAUAUCUGGUCCUACCAUUGUGAAGCAGAAACUGGAGUGUGAUAACAUGGAGAUUGCCGGACUGCACUCUAAUAAAAAUGAGGUUUUUGGUAUCAGCACGCGGAGCAGUUCAACUUGGACAUAUCAACUGGAGAACAGCGUCAUCCACAGUGUGAUGGGGUCAGACCGACAUGUCGCUGCUCUCAACAUCCGCAGUACACUGAACUCCAUGGUCCUUGCUGUGCAGAAGUUAACUCUGUUGAGUACCGAGCCAAUGAAUGAUGCCGAAAAGCUCCCAGUGUCUGACUUUGAAGCGGCAGUUCAACUUAUUAAGGAUGGUUCCAACUACCCGCUGCUUGACAUGCUAUUACCAAGUGCCCCAGAGGUACAGACAUGCACCCCAAACACAUGCACAAAGCCCCAAGACCUGGUUGGCAAGGUGAAGGAAAGCCUAGUUAGUGAGAAGGUUGGAUCAGCGGAAUCUGCGUGUGCCUUCCUCAAAAUGCUCAAGGCAUUCAGGAACUCUGGCAAGGAGGCAAUCUCUGAGACACUCACAUCACAUGAUAGUUCUUACAUUGUGAGCCAGCUACUGGACGUUGGUGUUGCGACGCAAACGCCCGGGGCUCAGCGGGCUCUCAUGGAGCUUCUCAACUUCGAAGAACAGAAGAAUCUCAUAUACCCCCUCCGCUACCUCCUGGCCACCGCCUACACCACACACCCUGGGGAUUACCUCAUUAAAGAUCUUCUUGCUAUGUUGCGUAAUCGUCCCCCAAGCAGGGAGAUUAAGGAGGGUAUGGCUCUAGCGCUGGGAGCCGUCAUCUACAGCUAUUGUAGGGUACCGGAACAGUGUCAGAAUGAGGUUGUAAAAGAAUAUGAGAGCCUCAUUCUGGAGCAGUACAAAGCCUGCAGUAGCGAGGAGUGUCGUCUGUUGUACAUCCGCUCAAUGGGUAACUCAGGCCUGCCACAGUUUACAGACACAAUAUUCGAGGCGAUCAGAGACAAGUCGGGGAGCUCAAUGAUGGGAUUUACUGCUGUACAAGCAUUACGGAGGAUUCCUGGCCAAUAUAUUGGAGAAUUGGAACAACAGGUUUUAUUAAAGAUCUUCCACCAAACUGAGCGCACCUAUGAUAGUUCUGUCCGCGCGUCUGCAGCGGAACUGUUGCUUGGACAGAACACAUCAAAGUCCACCGUCAUCAACAUUCUGCUGUCAGCCAUGCAUGACCAGAAACAGCAUGAGUUAUCCACCUUUAUACUCAGGAAGAUUGUGGAUUUAGCUAGAUAUGAUAAGCAAUUAAGGGAUAUAUUGUUAAAUUUAUUAAAUGAUCCAUCCAUAAACAACUACAAUAUCUGGGCGCAGAGGGGAAAAUCUUCCGCAUUCAGCAGCUUACUCACAGAGACAGCUGAUGCCAAUGCAACGUACGGGCUUUACAUGGAGAUGGCGAGGUCUGGGGUCAUGAAGAAAAGUGCCAUGGACGUCAACAUUGUGAAUAAAGACUCUGUUCAGAGACUUCUUAGUUUUGGUAUCUAUGCAUCUGGCUUGGAGUCUCUGGUUGGCGAGACGCCAGACCCAGAGGAGGGGGAGGAAGAGGCUACCGCCGGGCUUGGGCUCAAAAUCCUUGACGUCUUGUUGCCACCUGUAGAAUUUUUCAGGGGCUCUGGGGGCCUCAUGUCCGCAGUGUGGAACGCACCUACAGAGCCUGUCUCAGCCCUUCAGGUGACGAUGCUGCUUCAGGACCACAGUGAGCGGUUCCACCUGGGUAAUGGGCUCGUUGUAGAGCUGACUGUGCUUGGGGCAGUAUCAAUCGACCUCACAGGAGCUGUUUCAAUAUCUCUCUGGAACAGGAACUCGCAAUCUCUAAUUAGAAACAGUGGUGCAAUGGUAAUUGAAGGGACAAUGAAGCUGGACUCAGAGAUGGGGCAAGCAGGCGCUGUUUUCACAGCUGAGGGAGAAUCAUAUAUCGAUUUUGAAACCGAUGUCGAUUUUUACAACACUCCAUUUAAAAUGUGCAUGCAGAUGAAACGUCCAAAAACAUCUUUCAAGCAUACUUUCAACAAGUUUGAAAAAGCGACAAAGUUUGACAGAAAAUACAAGUCCACUUUACGACGUGUAUCUCAUAUAGAUGGACUCUCUUACUUCCUUAGCCCGAAAAAUUCAGAUGAAUGCAAAGCAUUACUAGUCGACAAGUAAUCUGUGAUAUCCUUACCAAAUCAAGGUUAGCUUGCCAUUUAGAAGAGGAACCGUCUGAGUCGACCAACAUUUUGCUGACCCACUUAACAUUAUUUGUCAUACAUGUAUUUAUUUCAUUCUCUCAAAUUCAUAUUCAAAUCUGUAAUGUGUAAGAAUGAGAAAAUUGAAAAUUUGAGAACCAUUUAAAAGGUGUCAUUUAUUAUUAUUACUAUUUGUAUUCAUUGAAUAUGUAUGCUAGUCUUGUCACCAGUCUCGACAAUUUCUUAUUUUAUUGCUUUGUAUCAUUCUGCUGUAAACUGUACAUUUUUGUCAAUGAUACCCAUCCAUUUAAGUUUAAAGGCUGUCCAACCUUAAUGUUUAUUGUUCAAAAUGUAGCUAAGUUUAUUUAUAUGCUGUAGAUGUGGGUUUUUGUAAAAACAAUACUUUUCAUGAUAAAUGCUGCAAAAUGACAUUUGAAACAAUACAGAAUUUAAAUGAGUAAUAGUUACUACAUAACCCUUGUUAUCGAAAUUAUACCUGAGCUUUGUAAAAGCGCUUCUGCAUGAUAAUAUGAUUUCAAUCAUGAGGGAAGUAGGUGAAGUUGGUGCUUUGUACCAUGUGUUCAAUAACUGGCAUGUGUAUAAGUGAAUAGCAUUGUAAUUUAUCCACACAAUAGUUAUUGCACAGUUGGUUUAAACAGUACCGAUAUUUAUUUUAAAGAUGUCAGACCUUUUACAAAUAUACUAAAUUUAAAUGAUGAGGAAGUCAAAGGCUUAUAAGGAGCCUAAUUCCUAAAGGCAAUGGCUUAUAUGCAUCCUGUUUCCUAAAUCACAACAAAAAGACACACUCCAAUAUGGUACAAGUAUGAUAAUAUACCUAUGAUUUUUUUUUAAUAAUGAAGGGAAUAAUUGCACUUUUUUACAGUACACAAUAAUCAGUUGCUAUGUUAUGCAUGAAUUUUGUCACUUUGCUCAAUGGAUACUUGGAAGUUGUAUAAUUGUUUCCCCACUGUAUGUCUACAUAUCGUUGUAUGUCUGAAAAAAAGGACACGUUUUUUAAAACAUCAGUAUUUCAGUAUAGUGCAAUUCUGUUUGUGCCAAACACUAAACACUACGUAUACAGUACAAAAAAUUAUGCAAGAAAAAAGCAAUAAAACUUAUGAACACAU